GAGAGAUCACUGAUGCACCCUAGUGGUUGAUGCCUGCAAUUACAACGAUGUAACACUACAUAUGGAAUGUGGCUUUUCAUUUGCCAAAUCUCUACUUUUGUUGCUUCUUAAAUAGUGCUGAUAAUUAUAUUGUAGAAUUCGAGAAAAUUAAAGCCUUUUAGAGAACAAAACUCUCUGUACUCAUAUUUAAAAGUGCUAAUAUUUCACAUUAUUCUAGACACCUGACACCAGUAUUCCACCUAUACACAUUACAGAAUAGCUGCGAGGCUUUUCCAGUUUAAAGAAAUGCAGGUCAUGAUUUGACAAACUUUUGUAAACUUGAUUUUCACCAACAUUUAAAUAGAGGUCAAAGGUCGUGUGAAUCAUGACUCCACGGGAGCAGCUAAGGAAGAUGACGGCUCUGGGAGAGCAGGGAGCGAUGGACGAGAAGCACUGGUACCGUCUGGUCAAUGGCAUGUCAGCAGGAGAGCUGCGGCAGCGGCAGGAGAUGAUCAUGAGGAACCAGAUGGCCAUGGCUCCACAGAUCCUCGCCCAGGGCCAACAGAGGUUACAGGGAGUACCAGCACAGUUCGAACCUCGCUUCAUAGAGAGGGAGUUAGUCCCCUCUGCUGAAAUGGUGCCUUCAGACGCCAGGCAGAUGCACAUGGGACCUCAUCUGGGUCCACCGCUGGCACCACAUGCCAACGUCAUGCCUGGGAGAACUUUCCCAACAGCUGGUUAUGGUUUCUUGCCCUCUGAGCCCAUGGAAACAGUUGCUCGGCGACAGGAGCUCAUUCAUAAGCAAAAUAUAUUUAGAAUGGAGAUGAAUGCCAUCCUGCACCAGAAGGAGCUGGAGAACGCUCAUCAGAAGGGACUGAUGGGAAUUGAUAAUCCCAUGUCGUACCCUUCCAACCCUAUUUCAUUUCGAGGUCGUCAGCGCAUGCCUGAUGGCCAUGAAGUUUUUGUGCACCGUCCCACCCUGGAUGACCUGCACUCCAACAGCAUGCUCAUGUCCUCCAGCCCUUACCCACCAAUCGGAACGCUCCACAGAGACAGGGGACGCCGGGCCGGCAGAAGGCCAACCGCUCACAAGAUUGCAGAGAGCCACGUGGCUACUCUGAAAGGCCAAACCGAAGAUAAGAGCGUAGAGCAGAGCCCGGGAGCCACAUCGGGUGAGGAGAAAGAGGUAGAAGUGAAGGGAGAUAUCGGAGAGGGGUGUCCCACCAACAAAACGCAUCACCAAGUCAAAAUAGACUCUGAACUCACCACAGGAAGCAGGAAAAACUACAAGGAAGGGGAACAUAAAAACUGCGGGAACAGUCAGGACAGCUGCCCAGAUGUAGCCAACGGAGGUGUUACUGACAAAGACAUCUCUAGCCAAUGCUCAGCUUUCCAGGAGAAGUUUGUGUAUCCAUCCUCUGGUGGAAGUCUCACAGGAAUUCCUUAUAUGUUCCCAGGUCCUGGCAAUAGUUUCCUCCAACCUGGUCCACCCAGUUUCUUCAAUGGCGAGGAUGUCUCAGAAGACAUCAGGAAGUGGACAGUAAACGACGUUUAUAACUUCAUCAACAGCAUACCCACAUGUUCAGAAUAUGCUCAGACCUUCAAGGACCAUAUGAUUGACGGUGAGACGCUGCCCCUUCUGUCAGAAGAGCAUCUAUUGGACACACUGGGGCUCAAACUGGGGCCGGCUCUAAAAAUCCGCUUCCAGGUAUCCAGGCGUCUGGGCAGCAUGUUGUACAUGAUGAACCUCCCGCUCUCUGCUGCCGCCCUGCAGACAACUCCUGAGAAGCCUGGGGACCGCUCAUCAGAGAUAGGCUCCCCGAUUCGCUGCAACAGUGAGGAGAUGUUGGCGAGUCCAAGAGAUCCUGAUGUUCUAAAGUCCACAGAGCAUCUUCACGAGACAGAAAACAUCUCGCCUCCGUCUGCCAGCAGUGAGACGUCCUGAUCGGCACCUGUGACGCAUAACAAACCGAGCCUGCACUCAGUGCUGAUGUGAUGCAGCAGUGAUACUACGUGCACUAAAACUGUAAAGGGGUUCAGUGGAUCAGUGUAUGACCUCCAACAGGAACAAACGUGUAUGAGUUUAGGAAUUCCAAACAUUUUUG